AUGGCUGUUGUACUGAGGAACUUCUACUUUCUGACUGUCUGGGUGAUAUUUUCAACAGUGUACCUGUGUAUGUGCUGUAUGGAAGGUGACGGUUACUUUGGCUGGCAGUGUGACAACGUGACUGGGUGUUUCUGUAAACAAGGACAGAGAUGUCAACAGACUCUAGGAAUAUGUCCUGAACACUGCGUGGACAACCCCUGGGGAAUAGGAUGCCAUGAUGAGCAUGGUAACCUAGCUUAUGGCAAGCCAGCCAGUCAGUCAAACACCAACUACUCUUAUACAGAUGACGAGUGGUUCUCGGCCACUCUAGCAGUGGAUGGAAACAACAGCACGGCUGACUCUGAUUGUACAAGAACGCACCAUCAACUUAAUACUUACUGGACCGUGGAUCUUGAAGGUCUCAGUGUUAUCCGUGAAGUGACAGUGAUAAAACCUGCUACAGUUUGUCCGCAGAACGAUGAGAAACUGUGCAUCAAAAAUGAUACUUCGAACCAUUUUAAUUGCACCUCCUCUACAAAUGCACAGUGUUUUGGAGGAGUGUUAAGGUACAACAUAAGCCCACCAAUCCUAGCACGCCACGUCACGAUCUUGAAAACUGGGCAACAAACUCUUCGACUCUGUGAGGUCAUCGUUAGAGGAUACACGUACCCCUAUAACGUGGCAUAUGGCAAAAGGGCAGAACAAAUAAAUGUUGUAAGUGAAGGAGUUCCAGGACGAGCUAUAGACGGAAACACGACAGUGAAUUAUUAUUAUAAAUCCUGCACUCACACAAAUAACACACUAGACCCCUGGUGGCAAGUAGACCUAGGUCAGCAGUAUGUGGUGUAUAGUGUGACUCUUCUCAACAGAGGCGAAUAUAUUUCCGGGGGUGGCCGACAUUUACGCGAUAUAGAAAUAUGGAUAGGUAACAGCAGGAGUCCAGAAAACAACCUGUGUGCAGCGCGUGGCCCCUCAGUCCCUGACGGGGCUAGUGUAGAAUUCAAGUGUCAAGGACUGCUUGUUGGUGAAACUGUGACUGUCAGUUUGUCUAAAGGACCUUUGGUUCUUUGUGAGGUGACAAUUAAAGGGUACAGAUAUAAAGAGUGUGCUAAUAAAAAUUAUGGUCCUGAAUGUCGAAGCAGAUGUAACUGUAAGGAUGAGAAUGAACAAUGCCAUUCUGCGACGGGGUCUUGUGUUUCUGGUUGUGCAGUGGGAUGGUACGGCCGACACCAAGGGGAUUGUGAAAUAGCAAGCCCAUACAUCGCUACAGCUCCAACAAUAGUUACGAGGACAAAACAUUCAGUCACCAUCAGGUGGGAAAAGUGGUCACCCGAGAAAAACCAAGGAAUUGGCACCAUCCAAAGCUAUGGAAUUUCGUUUAGGCGAGAAGGAGAACCGAUCAAGGAAGUGACAGUGUCGCCAGAUAACGAUAUAGCUACAGUGCAGAGUCUAGCUGAUUACACGGAAUACAAUGUCUAUGUCACCGUCAGAAAUGGCACAGGACAUAAUGGCAUGCCCAGUCCAAUAAUUACUGUGAGAACAUGCGGGGAACCUGUGGCACCACCUGAACCGACCAUUUCUUCUUAUCUUGAAUCAACGAACAGAUCCGCCUACAUAGAGCUACGAACAGCGGAAAUGACCCAAGCGAUCCAUAGAUGCGACGGGUUUGCGAAAUUGAAUAUACGCUAUGAAGGAGAACUCAAUGAUUCGGGAGCCAUCGUAGUCCCACAAGUGAAUGACACACAACUGAUUAACAUUACCAAUCUAGCAACAUUUAGUCGAUACACCAUUUAUCUAACAGUAGUGAACAACUUACUGUUGGAAGGGCCACCAAUGACGAUGCUUCAUACUACUGCUGAAGGACUCCCCAACAAAAUGAGACCACCAUUUGUUACUAAUGUAGACGAGAAUUCAAUAGAGUUAGAGUGGAGAGAGCCAUCUCCCCCUGGUGGCAAAAUCACCGAAUACGAGAUAUCAUACUGUCCCUAUGGCCAACUCUGUGAGCAGGCAUCAAGAAGGCCCAGCAUCAAAAGGACAACUAUUCAAAAUCUAUUGACAAAGACAUCGUAUACCAUUAAAAUUCGUGCGCAGACUGCGGUUGGUUACGGAGAGUACAGUGACGUCAUUGCUCAGCAUACCGGUACAACACGCGAUGAUACAGAUUCGACUGCAAUAGUUGCAGGGAUUUUGGUGGCCGGAGCAAUGGUGGCGGCGGCCAUUGUCAUCGCUGUCGUUCUCUGUCUCAGGUAUAGACGACAGGCUCCUUCGUCUGAAAUACAGGCAAACGUUGCCUCAACAAGCACAACCUCCUCCCCGGAUACGAACGAGGCGUACUGCAACAUUGACGUGGCAGCUGUGAACCGUGAUGAGCCACACUACUGUGAGCUUAACCAGGAUGGGGAGGGUGUCAAGUAUGUGCGCGUGUAGGCACGUGUAAGUUUCGAAAAGAUUGAAUUUUCCAUGAUUGGAAAGCUGUUUGUUGUGGGAAUGAUAUAAGGCACAGGGGAAUGACAUAGGCCUACUGUACGAGCGUCAUGAAAUUAUGUGCAAUAUGUAAGCAGAAAUAUGCUAAACGGAUGAUACUGUAUGUUGAUGCAUCUCAAUAAAUAAAUUACGCAUGACUGGCAUCACCAAUGAAUUUACAGAGAAAAAACGAAAAAAGAACGAAAAAUGACGCGUUAACAAAGUGAUGUGCAUUAAGAAGAAACAGGCAUGUACCAGUGUGUGCGUUGGUUUCUCAUCACCGUGAUGAAAACAUCUUUUGGCAGAAUAAAUGCUUAUACUUCCAUAUGCAUGUAAACUUGGAAACGUGCAUUGGAUUUAUUUAUAUUGCUUUAAGUUUCUUUUCAGGUGUGUAAAGUUGUUAAGUGUAGAGUUUUUGUACAUAUUUAUGCUGAAUAGAAAGCAUGUGUAUGUAACUGAAUCUGCAUUUAGUGAUCAAUAAACAUUUAAUUAUCCAAAAUGUAUAUUUCUAUUGCCCUCACGUUAAAAUAAGGAACUCCUGCCUUUGUGUAAAUGUUCUUGCGAUCCUUGUGCCUUCUCCAAACCCGGCCUUUCCUUGCAGAACUACAAGCGAUCUCCGUCCACUAAACCUGGGUUCCUAUACUUAGAUCGAUCUAACAGGUUUUAAGAUGCUUGCUAUAUUUCAAUGUUAAUUUAAGAUAAAUGUGUCUAUAUACAGUAUCCAAAUACACGUGGUUCACAAAAACGUUAAAAACUGAGCGAAAUGAAUAACGUGCAUUGACACCGUUCUCGUUUUAUAACGGCACAUUUAUUCUUUCAAGAUUUAUCAUUUUAGCUACCCAUAAAGAUGUACUUUCAAAGUUUUUAUUCAACAUUUUAAGCACAGUAUAUUGCAAACAAAAUGUUGGGAACUUUCCAUAUUAUCAUGUCAUAUUUCUUCAAAUCUAAAGCCUCAUUUACCUUUAAAUCUUCUAGAGAAUGGAGUUUCCAGUGACCUCUGAAACUCAAUGUGCCAAUUUUCCAAAAUUGUAUUGCAUGAAAAUACAAAUAGUUCAUGAAUUUUAAGAAAAUACAGAUAGGUCUGGAAUUUUAAGACCAUGCGACAUAUAUCUGGUAUAUUCGGGAUAAGUCACGGUAAUCAAUUUCUCGGAAUGCGACCAAAAAUGAAAUGCCAUAUAUCCCAAGGUACCGUAGAACAAGUUCGGUGUUUCAAUUAAUAAAAACUCAUGGUUUAAUUUCCCAAUAUCUCCAACCCUUAUCCGCUUGGUCUUUGCGUCGGAGGGCUAUUUCCGAAAUGGUGUUUCAAGACCUCAAAAUUAUCAGAUGUUUUUUGUUUUCACCAUUUCACUUUUAGAUAUUUACAUUUACCGUUUAUAAGAUAAAUGUCAAUGUCAUCCAUGCACGUCAAUUGUGCUUUUAUCAAACUUUACACAGAGCUCUCAUUUAGACAGAAAUUUUUUACAGAAUGAUAAUGAGAAAUGUUAUGAAAUUCGUAUAUAAAAUUUCAUGGGUAAAAACUGACAUCCACAUUACUGUAACGUUUCAGCAGAAAUAACAAAACAAUGAUAACCUAAAAAACCAUUAGUCGUACAUUAAAAAGAACGCUCUUCUUAAUUUUGACGUGGUAAUCGAAGCCGCGAUUUCAAUGAAGACCAAGAUGACGCGUGAGAAAACGUGACGUCAUAAUGAACGUGGUUUGUCUUGAUAUGCAUAAUCACCACGUUACCAAGGUAAUUUAGAAUUUCCGAAUGCGUGACAAUGGGUGAGUAAAUUUUUUUGCUCUCUUUCACCAAUAUAUUUUCAGUGUAAGAUACUGACAUAUAUGAAGAAAUAUGGUGAAAUUUAUUACUCCUUAUCUUCCAUCUAUGUUUUAAAUACAAUUUGAUUCACUAAACCUUAAUUUUCGUAGUAAUUUUCGUAUUGAAUAUAAACGAGUAAGGCCAAUAAUAUAUCUCAAUAUCGCAGGCCUACCAUAAAAUGGUUUCUUACUUAUUCACUGGGCAAAUCUCUUAAAUUCCAGGGUACACCACAUUGCUAAAGACGUUUUACAAAAUGCAAUAUAUACUCGUUGCUGUGGAUAAUUCAGUCACAAAAUAUAGAACUUAACGGGUCGGGUAUGACAAAUGCUGUCCACUGGGACUUUUCGGGUGAAAAAGUAUCAAACGGGGACUGGCAACAAAGAUAGAAAAUUAUUCGAACUGGUGUGCACAUACGAAUAUCUAAAUACCAUGUUAUAUAGUUUUGAUUUCGUAUCCUCUCGAUAUAUCAGAGGAAAAUACUCCAAUCCAUUAUUCAUUACUUUCCCUAAUGCAUAACUAAUUCAGUGUAGGCCUAUACUGUAUACUAAAUUAUUUCGGAGAAUUUGGAGAGAAAAAAAUUCUCUUGUCGUUGAAUACAGUCUUUCUUUUAUAAAUCAAGACAAGGUAGGCUCAAAAAGAAAUCGACACAUUCGGGCAUUAACAUCACAUGUCAAAAACUCUUACAAUCACAUGUCAAAAACUGGCGGAUUCGGGGUAGCAAUAAUGGGGUAGGGGGUGCAUAUUAUCAUAAAUAUAAUAUUAGAUAAACAGUCAAAUUAAUUCUGGGGAGUUGAAAUCCAAUGAUAAACUGCCACAAUUUACCAUUUGUGUCCUAAUGUUACGAUUUGAAAAAAAAAUCACGUUUUUGCGUUCUUAUUUUAGGUCUAUUUAAAAUUCGGAAGAAAAGAGCGAUCGAGGUUGCGAAUGAACUAGAACGUUCAAAGAUUAAUCACCACCUAAUGGUAUUGAAAUGCCAAAUGGACGAAGUGUUAAAUAAAGUGAACACAAACAAAAGCGCUCUCCAGAACACCAAGGAGGCUAUCAGUUUUGCAGAUACACAUACUGAAGAAACCACUUCAAAAAUAGCAGAUUUGGAGAAACGUAUCGAUUUCUUGGGCAGCGAACGACAGGUUAACACUGAAAGGAUGGCCACUCUUGAAAGAAGAAUGGCCCAAUUAGAGAGGGAAUUUCAACUGGAGAAAGAGGAUAAAAGGCUGCUGAAGUGGGAGAAAGAAGCAAUGGUGAAUCGUGUUACUGG